GAGACUGUUCAUGGUGCUGUGGGUCAAGGGAGUCACCUUCAAUGUUACCACCAUUGACACCAAGAGAUGGACGGAGAGAGUACAGAAGCUGUGCCCAGGAGGGCAGCUCCCAUUCCUGCUGUAUGGCACUGAAGUGCACACAGACACCAACAAGAUGGAGGAAUUUCCAGAGGCAGUGCUGUGCCCUCCCAGAUACCCCAAGCUGGCAGCUCUGAACCCUGAGACCAACACAGCCAGGCUGGACAUAUUUGCCAAAUUUUCUGCCUACAUCAAGAAUUCAAACCCAGCACUCAGUGAUAAUCUGGAGAAGGGACUCCUAGAAGCCCUGCAGGUUUUAGACAAUUACUUAACAUCCCCCCUCCCAGAAGAAGUGGAUGAAACCAGUGCUGAAGAUGAGGGCAUCUCUCAGAGGAAGUUUCUGAAUGGCAACGAACUCACCCUGGCUGACCGCAACCUGUUGCCAAAGCUACACAUAGUACAGGUGGUGUGUAAGAAGUACUGGGGAUUUACCAUCCCCGAGGCCUUCCCCGGAGUGCAUAGGCACUUGAGCAAUGCUUAUGCGCGGGAAGAAUCUGCCUCCACCUGCCCAGAUGGCGAGGAGAUCAAGCUCGCCUAUGAUUAA